CAUCGCUCACCUUCCAGACACUUGACCGGCUCUUCACACUUACCUGACUGCUGCUUCUCUCUAUCUUCAUUGCUUUUCAUCAUGAAGACUCUUCUGAUUCUGUCUGUUGUCCUCUGUACUGCUCUCUCUGUCUGGGCUGCAGCAGUUGUUCCAGCUGAAGCUGCUACUGUGCAACUGGGAGACAAAGCUGCGCCUGAACCAGAGGCAGUUGAAGACACUGCUGUUGAGGAGACUGCUGUUGAAGACACUGCUGUUGAAGACACUGCUGUUGCUGCUGGCAGACCAGCUGUACUCCGUCAAGCUCGUUUCAGUUUCUGCCUCGAUGGUUGGCAGAGUUUCUCUGGCAAGUGCUACUUCUUAGCCAACCAUCCUGACAGCUGGGCAAACGCCGAGAGAUUCUGUGCUAGCUUCGAUGGCAGUCUGGCCUCAGUCCGCAGCAUCUGGGAGUAUAACUUCCUCCAGCGCAUGGUCAAGACUGGUGGCCACAGGUUUGCCUGGAUCGGAGGUUACUACUUUGAGGGUGAAUGGAGAUGGGAAGAUGGCUCACGGUUUGACUACUCCAACUGGGAUACAUCAAGCUCCACUGCAUACUACCAGUGCCUGCUGCUCAACUCUCAAGUGUCCAAGGGCUGGUCCAACAAUGGCUGCAACAUGCGCUUCCCAUUCGUGUGUCAGGUCAGACAGCUAGACUGUUAGUCCUCAGUGUUACUGCUGAAGAUGAUCCUGAAUCUGCUGUUUAUGUGAAGGAAUGUAUGUCCCUGUCAUGUUUUACAUAUAUGUUCUGUGUAUUAAAUAAAAAUGUGUUGU